ACUUGAGGGGGAGUGUUGGAGAUAUUGCAGCUUAGUUUAUUAGGGUUUAUUAUAGUUUUCUUUUUUAACCUUUUUUUACCCUUAUUGUAAUUUUUAUUGGCUAUAUAUACGGGGGCUUUACACUUAGUUUGCAUCUCAUUUCAAAUUCAAUAUCAGGGACAUUUUUUUGUUAUACGAAGGUUUGAUAUGUCGUAGUUGUGUGAUCUAGAAGAAAUUCACUGCCUUACUUUACAGCACACUAGAUAGUGUUUGAACAUGUACUUUUGUCUUCCUUUCAUCUAUUCUGGCUGUUGUUUUUGGAUGCAGAUAUAUAUAGCAUUGGGCUUUGUGAUAUCUGCGAUUUUGAUGGUUUGCAUUACUAAAGUCGCAAAGGCCUCCCUGGAGAAAGCACUAGCAGAAAAUGAUGUGGUAGAGGGUAUUUUAGGCUCGCCAGGGCUACCUGUUGUAGCAGAGCCACCUUUGGAUCUGCAGAAGCCCCUCAUAAUCAAGAUAGACCCAUCCGGAGGAGCGCAUUUUAAAUAG